AUGUUAAUGAAUUUACAACUCGUCCUUGUGUCAUUACAGCGCUUAUGUGACCACUGUAUAUAUCAAAACAUGGGCCGUAAAUGCCAUGACGAGCCUCAAGAAAAUUCUAAUUUGUUUGUGGUGAAUAAUGAAGGGAAGCUGCACGAUCAAGUGCACAUAAUUAUUGAUAACGACAUGGGAAGUUCACUUGAGCAGAUGCAAGAUUGUCCAGUGGAAAAUCUAGCAAUGAGUGUGGAUGCCUUACCACAGGGAUCGAUGCAGAUUAUUCAACCAUGCCCGGUCUCUGAAGUCCAGUCGAGUUCAUUGAAUGAAGGAGGCAGCCAAUGUUCCUUGAACGAUUGGUCUCAAUCCCAUGGUAGCCAAUACCAUGAAGUGCACAAUUUCCUCCCAUCUUACACCUUUAACGCCCCUGAAGUAACUACUGAAUACAAUCUUCUGGACGAGUUUCUCAACAACAGCUUGCUGGAUGAUGGGACUUUGCUUCCUAGUGAAAGAGGAAACUUUUACCUGGGUCAACCUAGCGAUAUGAUACCAAAUGCUUUGGAUAAUCAAGCUAACCCAUCCGGCCCACAGUCUUCAAGCAAAUUAUUCCAAGGGCAAUUGGCUGAGCAACAAAUAUCAAGACCAACAAGUGUUAUUCCCGGUGAUAAAUCGUGUGAAUACUAUCUCCAGGCUGCUGAUCCCACCGGAAAUGAUACACCCGAAGAAAGAAUGCAACGAUUGCUCCAAGCAAAAUAUGAUGCGGGAAUGCUAAAGCCGUAUAAUUCACUCAAAGGUUACGCAAGGCUAUCGACUUACAUGGAUCAACAUUUUCAACCCUCACAGAAGCAAAAGGUUCUCCAACAUUUGGAGCGAUUCAGAAGUCAGUUUCGGGAAAACGUACAAUCUCUCACAGAAAGUGAGCUUACAUCAGUUGAAAUGUGGUUUGAAUAUAGUCUCCUAGAAUGUGAUCGAGCUUUCGCAAGCAUGGCAAUCCCCGCAUGCUGUUGGAGGAGGACAGGAGAAAUAUUUCUUGGCAACAAAGAGAUGGCGGAACUUAUACGUGUACCAAUUGAAAAGUUGAGAGAUGGCAAAAUAGCUUUACAUGAGAUACUCGUCGAAGAGUCACUUGUAAGCUAUUGGGAAAAAUUCGGUGCCAUGGCCUUUGACCAGGGUCAGAAAUCUGUUUUCACAAGCUGUUUCAUAGAAGCUUUUGAAGAUAACUCAGAGAAAAAAAAAUUUAAGUGCUGCUUCUCCUUCAAUAUAAAAAGAGAUGAUCACAAGAUGUAG